AUGUCACGCAUCAACAUACCCAUCGAUGCCCUGACCUCCCGCCUCAACCUCUCUGGCCGCUUCGACAAUGUGCGCUCGCAGUCCAUCACCUCGCGCUUCGCCAACCUGCGGCCCGUCUCCGAGUUUCUCGACUUCAAGCGGGUAUCGAAGCCGCAGAACUUCGGCGAGGUUCAGAGCCGCGUAAACUACAACCUCAGCUACUUUAGCUCAAACUAUGCCGUCGUCUUUGCCAUGCUCAGCGUCUACAGCCUGCUGACCAACUGGACGCUGCUCUUCGUCAUCUUCCUCGUCGUUGGCGGUAUGUACGGCAUCGGGAAACUACAGGGCGCCGAUCUCGAUCUCGGCUUCGUGCGCGCCACUUCCAGCCAGCUGUAUACCGUGCUGGUGUGCGUCGCUGUGCCCACGUUCUUCUUCGCCUCGCCCUUCGCCACCGUCCUCUGGCUCAUCGGCGCCAGCGGCGUAACAAUCCUGGGCCAUGCAGCAUUCAUGGACAAGCCGAUCGAGUCAGCUUUUUCCGAGGAGGCGGUCUAG